UGUUGAGAAGCCCGUGAGCGGCACUGCACGUGGAGGCAUAUAUUUUUUAAACAACGUUUUUCGGUAGCGAAACGUGAAUUAAAGGGAAUAAAAUAUGGGACGCAAAGCUGAAUAUAGUGAAAAGCAAAAGAAAGGGCCUGGUCGCAAGGCCCGCAAACAGGGACCGCCUAAGUUCCCAAAGAAAUCAUUCGCGCCGCUCGACGAUGAGGAUAAGAGAUUGUCACACCGUCAAAAACAGCGCGUUGCCAAGCGGGAACAAAAAAAGCUAGUGCAGAAAGCUAAAUCAAAGGAUAAACGCGCUCAACAGCCCCGUAAGCAAAAAGAGUAUCACAGCGAGAGCGACAGCGAACCAGAGGCCCAGCAACCGGUGGAGUCAUCAGACGAGGAAGUGCCACAACUUGUGCCAAUCAAAAAACAAAAGUCAAAUGGUUUCACGGACGAUAAUAAAGAUUGGUUAAAGUUAAAGUCGAAGCAGCAACAGAAAACUAGGAAACAACAAUUAGAGGAUCUGCAAGAGAAAGAAGAGACGGAGAAUGAAUUCGAAGGUGACUCAGAUGAGGAAGUUGAAAACGACGAGGCAUAUGAUGAAACAGAUGGAGAAGAGGAGCAAUCAAUCGAUGACGAUAACGAAGCUCAAGUUGGUAAAUUGGACGAUCUUUUUGAUGACGACGAUGAAGAUCAGGAAACAGAUGAAAAUGAGGACAAUGAAGAUGAUGAUGACGAAAACGAUGAGGAUGAUGAUGAUGAUGAUGAUGAUGAUGACACGUUGCCUAUUGAGCGUGCCAACAAAAAACUUAAAAAGCGUCAGGAACAAGAUGACAAAUUGGCACAGGAGGAGAUGCAGAUGUCUGUCGAUCAGUCGGAAGUGUUUCGUUUACCAGAGCCUGGAGAAGACGCUGACAAGGAGCUAUCCUUACAGGAUGUACAACAGCGCAUUAAGGACAUUAUUCAGGUACUCUCUGACUUUGGAAAAUAUCGGCAGGAGGGUCGCUCGCGCAGCGAAUAUGUAGAUCAGCUUCGUUCGGACCUAUGUUUGUACUACAGUUACAAUGAGUUUCUCAUGUCCAAAUUAAUGGAUAUAUUUAAGUUGAGCGAUCUUAUGGAGUAUUUGGAGGCCUCAGAGGUAGCGCGUCCGUUGACUAUACGCACAAAUUCCCUAAAGACACGCCGUCGAGAUCUUGCUGGCGCCUUAAUUAAUCGAGGUGUCAAUCUCGAUCCAUUAGGCAAGUGGACAAACGUGGGCCUUGUUAUAUUUAAUUCUACAGUUCCACUGGGCGCCACGCCCGAGUAUCUAGCUGGACAUUAUAUGAUACAGGGCGCUUCGUCGAUGCUGCCAGUGAUUGCAUUGGCACCGCAGGAGAAUGAACGAGUGCUAGAUAUGUGCUCUGCACCUGGGGGCAAGGGAUCACAUAUAGCUGCUGUUAUGAAGAACACGGGAGUGUUAUUUGCCAACGAUGCGAAUAGGGAUCGGAUCAAGGCCGUUGUGGCCAAUUUCCAUCGGUUGGGCAUUGUGAAUGCUAUUGUCAGCUGUGAGGAUGCGACCAAGUUUAGAAAUAUAAUGACAGGCUUUGAUCGCGUACUGCUCGAUGCGCCUUGUACUGGCACGGGUGUGGUUUCCAAGGAUCCGAGUGUUAAGACGACUAAAUCAGAGAUUGAUGUGCAGCGUUGCUAUAAUUUACAGCGCAAGCUUUUGCUUACUGCUAUUGAUUGCGUGGAUGCCAAAUCUUCCACUGGCGGAUAUGUUGUGUACUCCACUUGUUCAGUCUUGCCCGAGGAGAAUGAAUGGGUCAUUGAUUAUGCUCUCAAGAAGCGAAAUGUAAAGCUGGUGCCCCUGGGUAUUGAUUUUGGUGAGCCUGGUUUCACCAAGUUCCGGCAGCAUCGCUACCAUCCCAGCUUAAAUUUGUGCAGGCGAUUUUAUCCACAUACAAAUAAUAUGGAUGGCUUCUUUGUAGCUAAACUGAAAAAGUUCUCCAAUACUAUACCUAUCACCAAGGAGCAACAAGAAGCGGAUGAGAAGCAGCUAGAUGAAGCACUUGCAUCAGAUCAGACUGAAUCGAAUACUGCAGAAACUAAGGAGAAGGCAACGGAAGCCACUGAAGGACGGCGAAAAGCCCUUGGAAAGCGUGCUGGAAAGCCCAGUCUUACAGACGUAGAACAUGAUUUAAAAAAGAAAAAGCUUGAGCAAAGUAAAACGAAAUAUGUAGCUAAGGUGUUUGAAAAGCCCAUCAAAGUGUCCAGCAAAUCGAAGCCAGAGCGAACUUUGCCUGUUUCGAAAAAGAAUGAAGAAGAAUCCUCCACAGCUUCCCCAAAGGUCCAAUCGAAAGAGCAGGCGCCACAAUCAAAUGGCAAUAAGAAACAGAAACCUUCGAAAAACGAGGAACAAUCAUCACCGCAAGAAAAUGGACAGAAGGCGAAAUCAACCUCCAAAAUAACAAAGAAGCUUUCCCAGGCGCCCCGAGUGGAUAUUGAUGAGCUGCCAUUGCUAGAAGGAAAGCCCAUUAAAAAGGAAAACAAACUGAAAAAUAAAUCUAAGCAGCUGGGACAGUUGAAAAAGUUCAAAAAGACAGCGGACAGUAAAAGCAAGCAAAGGUUUAAAAAAUAAUCAUGAAUUGGAAUUAGUUUAAUGAGUCUUAUUAAAAACUUUAUAGUUGGUUAAUUGCGAUGCUUAAAAUAU